GGAGCAUGUUAGUAUGGCACAGUUGUGGGACGGCAUCAGUUGCUGAUAUUUCUACGUCUGUUUCUGGUAAUGAGCAGGCUCGAGAGAAAAUGCUGUCUGUACAAGGCGGUUUGUGAAUUCUUAGCCUAUGAAAAGAGGUUCUAGGCUGAGAUCUUACAGAAGUUUAAGGGUUGCUUGCUUGUUUACCAUUUCUCCUUGCCUCCAUAGUGUGUUUGUGCCUUAUUUAGGGUGGCUGUUACUGGUAGCAAGGUCUGGGAGUUGUUUUUCAGAUGGCAUUUUGUUCCUCCGUGCCUGUCCCAGCAGUGAGCAUUGAGCAACCUGCGUUCGCUUCCAGGUUUCCCUUGUGAUCCUCUGCAGAACUUGUAAUCUUUUAGUGUCUCCGUUUCACCAUUAUUUAUAAAAUAACACCUCAGGGAAACAGCAUGUGGCUAUUUCAGAGAUUUUGCUGAAAGAGGCGUAAACAGCAAACAGUUGCAUGCUGAUGUGGUAGGGGUGGUGUCAGGGUUGGUCCCGAACAUGAUGCGCUCUUGAUAGCCUGGGAGGCUGCUGAUUUUUUUGUUUGUUUUACACUGGGUCUCAUGGGACCUCCUUCAGUGCCUUUGCAGUAUGUGUAGGGUAUGAAGAGUUGUAAUACGAGAUGUUUGUUUUGGUUUAUUUUUUGUUUGCUAUCGUAUCACUUUUCCUGGUAGUUCUGAGAGAGAUCUUUCUCUCAAAUACUCUGUGUGACUGUGCAUGCGUCUCAAAUACUCUGUGUACACGUCUUAAAACAUGCUAAAUGGGUGGCAAUUUAAAACCUUUGAGUACGGAAUGUGAGGGAGGGAGACGAUAAUACCUCUCGAAGUGUUUUUAUAGAAGGAAAACAUCAGUGUCGAAACCUAGGCAGCUUCAAGCAGUUAAACCUCUAGAUUUGUAAUUCCUAAUUAACAAAGCUCUAACACUGUGAUUUAGUUUUACCUGGUGCUGAUUUCAAUAUUAACAUAAUGUAGGUUUUUUCAAUUCAAUUUAUGGCUGUUCUGGAGCCCUGCUCCUGAUGGGUGGUUCUUUGUAGUCAGGUUUGGCUGAUCGUUCAGGUAUUUUUCUUUUCUGUUUCUUUGUGAAUGACUUUGUUGUUGUUGUUCCGUAUUGCAGAAAGAAUAAUCUUUAAAUAGAAAUUAUGAUCGUUGGCUGCUCACAAAGCCCAGCCUUGGAGGGAAAGAAAAGCUCUUCACGAGAUCUGUUUGAUCAAACCUCACUGCAUUAGAGGAGUUGCCUUCUUUCCUAGAUGGAAGAAUUGAGGCCAGAGGUUUUAGCUUUUCCUCCAAAUUACGGAAUUAUUCAGUAAACAAUUGAUACAGAAACUGUAUUUCUUAAAAACUUGUCAUUGAUUUCUGGCUGUAGCUACUUCUCUAAAUCAAUUUUCUGUGGACUUUUUCUCACUGUUUGGCUCACAUCACAGCAAGAAGUCUUGUCGCUUUCUAGGAUUGUAGUUUUAUUAGUCCUGAACAGAUUGAGCAUUUUCAUUGUAAGCCACAGCUUAUGUCUGAAUUCCGCAUAGAUUUUUUUUUUUUCCAUAUGCCUUGAUGAAACUCAUUGCCAUGGAAAUAAGGUUUGAAAAGGAAGGAUUUUGGGGAAUAUGGCAUUGCAGUGAGUAAACCCUACCUCAGUAAUAGCAAAGUCUUAAACUGGAACUGGGCUUAGAGUGAGGAAGCUCUAUUUAAGGGUUAUUAAUGAGGCAGCGACCUGAAAAUGUCAGCAGAUUUCAAGCGUGUGCUGCAGGAGCUCAUACCAGUACUACUUGAGAAAAAGGUCUGAUGGUUUUUGUUUGCGUUAGGAUUUCUUCACCUUUUUAAGGGGCACAGAUCGUAACAAAAUCAGAAGGUGUAAUGAGUCUCAGUAUCAAUCUGACUGGGGCUUUUGUGGUAGAGGUUUAACUUUUCAUUUAUUGUGCUGCGUAAGUACCUGAACACCUUGUGAUAAUGCUGUGGCACUAAUCUGCAAACUAACGCUGCAAUGCAUCAAAGGUCUUGAAGAUGAUGAGUAAGCGAGUAAUUAAAUCACUAAUUACUUAUUACUAAUUACCUUGCUCACAAGGAGUUAAGUUGUGAAAGGUAAUUGCUCUGUAAUGCUCCUGCUGAACACACUCUGGAGGAGGUACUGCAGGACACAGACUGGCCCUCUGGGUGUAAGAAAUGGCUUUGGGAGUGGGGACGGAGGUGCAGGACCAGAUGUCUCCUUGAAUUUACCUUUCCAAACUUGAGAUUGUUCUGGGGCAAGUAAGUCAGGCCUUGGGCGCGUGAUGGCUCCAUGUGUUCCUGUUGGAAUCCCAGAUGCUGGUGAGCAUGCUCUGUGCUUGUACAUCUCUUCCAGCAAGCUGUACACCUCUUCGUGUACCUUUAUGGCAUCUUUUUCAUCCUGGCUUCCCUUUGGGUCCGUCAGGGCUUUCCCAGCAGCAUCACUGGGUAUUUCUGCUCCUUAAUGAUUGUGAGUUCUGGUCAGUGGUGAUUUGUGGUUUCAUUUGCGCUGUUGAAUACGCAGGAUGGACGUCCUGGGUGGUUUUGUUACAUACCUGGAUGUCGGUAUAUCGAAGGGAAAGGAGCAAUUGUUUAAUGUGUGUGGUUUGGAUACGUGCUGGUGACCUUGUGUUUUGGUACCUUCAGGACUUUCUUCAGGACGUGUUGGUCUAUGGGCAGUCGCUUAGAUGAUGAGGUGGGGAAUAGAGAGCUCUUUACAUGAUCGCUUUCCAAUAAAAAGGGGCAUGCGAAAGACUUGAAGAAAGUUAGUGAGAACUUGGUAUAUUCCCGGUUUUGGUCGGUUCUCCUCUACACAAAGGCAUGGCCAUAAUCUAGUUACAAAGCACCUGCCCUGCAAGGAAUGCUUAGAGCAUCUCAGGUGUUAAAUAUCCAAUGUGUUAACGCACGGGCAGUUGAAGUGGGUGCUGUUGUAUAUCGUGUACUAAACCGUGAUGAGAUCGUUGUAAGAAGGGGAGGCAGCGCUGUUGUGGAGGGGACAGCAGUACUGACAGCCGCCCUGUCAGGCAGGUUUCUCCUUCUGGCUUUGAAAGCGUUGCUCUUGUGGAGGAGGCUCUGAACGGCGAGCUGAUGAACGAAGACAUAAAUAUCCAUAGCUGGCCUUGUUCCUACUACUUGGACACCAACAAACAAUGGGUCUCUGGCAGGCUCUCGCUGACUCCUGUCGCGAUCAAAUUUACAGCUGACAAGACCGGGGAGCUGUUGGUCAACUUCCAUCUUUCCAGCAUCAGUGAGAUCAAGAAGGAGUCUUCAAAUUUAAUCUUCAGCUCUCUGACUAUCCUGGAGAAGAACACCAAGCACUGGUUCAGUUCCCUGCAGCCUAGCAGGAAUGUGGUGUUCAACAUCCUCGAGCACUUCUGGAGGGAGCAGUUGCUGUCGAGCCAAGGUGCGGGGGCAGAAGCAGCAGCUUUGCAGACAACGAAGGGAAAGGAGCUGACGGGGUUAUUGACGGGAUCGCAGAAACGGCUGGAGGACACCGCAAAAGUGCUGCAUUACCAGGGCGAGCAGUUCGACAACAUCAUGAGGGGGCUCAACAAGAUCGAAGGGGAUAUGGAUGUAGCAGACAGGUUGUUGACGGAGCUCGAGUCUCCUUCUUGGUGGCCAUUUAGCAGCAAGCUCUGGAAAGCACCAUUGGAAGCCAAGCCAAAGGAAACUGCCACAGUUUCCGAUUCAAAGAACCAGGAAGGAAUCAUAAUUAGAAUUCCAGUUAUUAUCACCCACAGAACAGACUCAAAUGUCAAGCCAGGAAAACUCACGCUCUUCGCUUCUGGCCUGGAAAUCAGUGACUGCAAUUCUCAGGUCAUUCACCGGUUUGAGUCAAAGGACGUGGACGAUAUUAAAGUUCACACGCCGUAUGAAAUCAGCGUCCGUCAGAGGUUUAUUGGCAAGCCUGACACCUCGUACAGGCUCCUGUCAGCAAAGAUGCCAGAAGCAAUCCCCGUCUUGGAGAUGCAGUUCAGCAAGAAGAUACAGUUUUUAGAAGACGCCCUAGGAUUUGUCGGUGCCAGGAAGUCUCCUCAGGUAGAUUUGGGCACCUCCAUUUGGCAAGCAGCCACGGGACUCCUGGGAGGAGUGGUGCAGCCCAGUUCGCCGGCGGGAGGCAGAGAAGGGAUGGAGAACGACCAGGUUCAGCUGCAGAAGCAAGAGAAGGUUUCCCAGGAAGAGGCGAAAGAGCUUAAACAGAUACUGCAGAAGCUGAAGAGCCUCGCCUUGGAGACAGAAGCAGAGCUGGAGAGGCAGGACGAAGCUCUCGAUUCCAUCACUACCUCUGUGGACCGUGCGACGCUGAAUAUCGACAAGCAGAACCGCAGGAUGAAGAAACUAACGUAGCGCCCCCAGGAGCCUGUGGGGAUGGUACCACGAGGAAGAGGGGAGCAGGGAAUUGUGUUUUUAAAGACUGUUUCUUUACAGACUUUGUGUGGGAGCUGUUUGCAAUAUUGUCUGGAAUACAAUCCUGUUGAUGUCGAGUUUCUGAUAGUUCUGAAAAUGUUUCCAGACUCAGAUGAUGUUUGAUGGCUGCUCUAGGAUUAAAAAGGCCAAGCCUUUUAAUCGUGGUGAAACAAUGAUAGUGGCUUCUUUACUACAGAAAAUCUGUAAAUACGAGGGGAUGCAAUUUCAUCAAAAUGAACUUUUAUGCUGUUUUUUUAUGUUGUUGCUUUUUAAUUAUUUUUUUUUAAUGCAACAAAGAAGUGAAAUGAACUGCAUAUGUGACUACUUUAGGUGAUUACAGCCUAUUAAUUCUAUUAAUUUUCUCUCAAGGUCUUUCUUGAAAAUAGUUAAUAGCUGAACUAAGGGCCAGAUGUCCAACUGCAAGUCAUUGAGGCUUUUUUUUUUUUUUGCAAGUUAAUGCUGAGGUGAGUAAAUGAUGGUGAUAAAACCUUGUGUUCACUGAACAAGUAGUUUUAAUAGGUUUUGAUCAAGUUUUUAGUGUACCCAGAAAUUUUAUAAGAAUAGCGAAGGCUUAGGGGCCACAGCUGUCUGUUGUGCCGUGUCCUGGGAAAUCAGCACACAAAGUUUAGUUAAUGUCCAUGUAUUGGUAAAGACAUCAUCUUAAGGUACAGUUCUCAUUUUUUUUCCUUCAUUGGAUAAAUGUUUUGCUAACUGAAGUCACUUGUAAAAAAUAAGUGUCCCCAAAAAGGGAUUCCUGAUCUUUGAUGAUCAUCUGCACCUUUUUAUUUGUUUUUAUUCUUCCCCUGUUCCCUUCCCCACACAAUCAGGGAAAGAAUUGAUUCUGGAGUGAAGGAAGUAAUUUUCUUCAUGGAUGAAUUUAUUCGGUACAUCUCUUGAAGUGAGUGCACUGUGUGCACCUCUCACUUGCACACCGUGGUUUUAUAUUUUUGGCAGUAGCCUGACAGAUGCAUUGUCCUCAUGAACACGGUGUUUGUUUAGCGUGGUGCCAAACUACCUGGUGGGAGCUGGGCUGGUGGAAGGUCUCUUGUACCUUUGCUUCUCAGUACCUUCAUUUUCCAGGGAUCUCCCAGAUGUUUGACUCUCCACAUGGGAACUUCAUGUGUUGUGGGGAGCAUCAUCUGGUUUUUGUGCAUCUACUUCAGGUUCAUAGGCUUGGGGGCCUGUGGCUGGAGCUGUAGACAUCUCUGUCAUUUUGCAGUUGUAGGACAUCUGCCUGUCUUGUGGUUAUUAUUUCUUUGCACUGGUGAUGAAACUGGUGAUGAAACAUUUCAAGACUUCUUGUAGCCCUGUAUAUUUAAAAUCAAAAGGAAUAUUGCCAAUUGUUCUCUAACAGGUUUUGUUUACAGUUAGCUCCAUUGAGACUACAGGACAGCGGAGACCUUUUCCCCUCCUAACUUAGCAGACACAAGGUAGGAGGGAUUCUAGGUAAUCCAUACCAUAGAAUCAUAGAAUCAUUUAGGUCGGAAAAGACCUCUAGGAUCAUCUAGUCCAAAAGGCAGACUUGCUGUUUACCGCACAUUUCAUCAAGUCUUACUGUUGACCAGCUAUUUUGUUCAAAGUAGCUGUUGUAAUCUUUUUUUUUUUUAAACGGUUUUGUAUUAAAAAAAUCUUGUAUUGCUUUCAAAUACAACCCACAACCUUGUUGGUGCAGUAUUUUUAACUCGUGAAGCUUUGAACUGUCUAUUCACUGAUAGCUGAUGUGAAAUUUUCCUAUUUAAGAGUAACUCAGCCUACCUUUUAAAGAAAUAUAUGGUAGAUCACAGAAUGUGUUGUUUUCAAGACCUUACUCUACCUUGCUUUGUAUUACUUCAAAUUGGUUUGUUAGUACUUGAGGAAAUUGUACUUCUGCACUGCAAGUCCUUCAUUUUCAGUCCAAGUUGUUACUGGCAUGCACUUUACUUAUUUGCUGAAUAUGGUGAAUAUAUACACAUACACUAUGUACUGUGAAAUAAAAUACUGUCUGGGGUUCUCUUCCUUGUUUGUUUCUGAUACCCAAAUCACUGUUGUUUUACUGUGAAAGGAGCGUAUGUUUACAUAAUUAUAUCAUGAAGUUACAAACAUACUUUUCACAAAACGUGUGUUAACUGAACCUGGUGCUGACUGGGAAUGGAUCUCUACACUGAAUUAGUCCAGAUCAGGACUGCCAAAAGUAAAUACUAGUUGCACAUCGUUGAGUGUAGCAUUCUUUGUGCCAUGUUUUUAUUGUUGUAGUUUCUAACUCUAGCUGUUGCAUCUGAUUCAGUACCUGUAGUUUGUGUUAGUCUGUGUCUGUGCUAAAACAAAGUUGUAACGUGGUUUGUAAGAAGCGCCCCAUUCUAGAGCUGUGCUGCCUAGCUGAAUUUCACAUGCCUGGAGGACUUCCAUUCUGUAGUUUCUUAUUAAAUACCUUGUAAUAG